AUGGAUCCCCGCAAAGUGAGCGAGCUUCAGGCCUUCGUGAAGAUGUGUAGGCAGGACCCGAGCGAGCAUCCUGCAUACCUGCAUACCAAGGAAAUGCGCUUCCUGAGGGAGUGGGUGGAGAGCAUGGGGGGUAAAGUACCACCUGCUACCAAAGCUAAGUCAGAAGAAAAUACCAAGGAAGAAAAAGAGACAACAGAGGAAAACAUAAAGACAGAGGAGCCAUUGAGUGAGGAGAGCGAUCUAGAAAUUGACAGUGAAGGUGUAAUUGAACCAGACACAGAUGACCCUCAGGAAAUGGGAGACGAAAAUGCAGAGAUAACUGAGGAGAUGAUGGAUGAAGCAAAUGAAAAGAAGGGGGCUGCCAUUGAAGCUCUAAAUGAUGGUGAGCUCCAGAAAGCCAUUGACUUGUUCACAGAUGCCAUCAAGCUAAAUCCUCGCUUGGCUAUUCUGUAUGCCAAGAGAGCCAGUGUCUUUGUCAAAUUACAGAAGCCAAAAGCUGCCAUCCGAGACUGUGGCAGAGCUAUUGAAAUAAACCCUGAUUCAGCUCAGCCAUACAAAUGGCGAGGGAAAGCACACAGACUCCUGGGUCACUGGGAAGAAGCAGCUCAUGAUCUUGCCCUUGCCUGUAAACUGGAUUAUGAUGAAGAUGCCAGUGCAAUGCUGAAAGAAGUUCAACCUCGGGCUCAAAGAAUUGCUGAAUAUCGGAGAAAGUAUGAGCGAAAACGUGAAGAGCGAGAGAUAAAAGAACGAAUAGAAAGGGUGAAGAAGGCUCGAGAAGAGCAUGAAAGAGCCCAAAGGGAAGAAGAAGCCAGAAGACAAUCUGGAUCUCAGUUUGGCUCUUUUCCAGGUGGUUUUCCUGGGGGAAUGCCUGGUAAUUUUCCUGGAGGAAUACCUGGGAUGGGAGGGGCCAUGGCAGGAAUGGCAGGAAUGGCAGGAAUGCCUGGACUCAAUGAAAUUCUCAAUGACCCAGAGGUUCUUGCAGCAAUGCAGGAUCCAGAAGUCAUGGUGGCUUUCCAGGAUGUGGUCCAGAACCCAGCAAAUAUGUCAAAAUAUCAGAGUAACCCAAAGGUUAUGAAUCUCAUCAGUAAAUUGUCAGCCAAGUUUGGAGGUCAAUCAUAAUCAAAGCCCUUGCUGAAUGAAGAACAGCUU